AUUUAUCACCGCAUCAGCGUUAACAAGCCCCAAUUACCAUUUUACGACUCAGCACUGCAUUGUAACGGCCAUUCAUCCUCCAAGAAGAUCCGAACAAGCAUAGAUACCCACCUCUACCGUUCGCUUGUGGUCUCCCAAGUUGCGCCGCCGUCUCUGCCGCAAGCUUUUAUUGCUUGACGCCGCUCGUUCUCCCCACGCGCGCCUCACUUCGCUUCUUCUUUGACUGCAGGCUAUGGACAGAGACCGAGAGAACCUCUGGACUCGUCGCUCAGCAAACAGUAAGCUCUCACUAUCCACAAACGACGACCCGUCAAAGGAUACCUCGACCAGAAUUCUCUCGGCUACGAAACCGCGCUUCGGCGGGGACAGCUCUCACGGCAACCGCAAUCCCUUCAACACACCGCUGAGCGCGUCCGGCGUUGCUUCUCCGUCAAGUGGCGCGACCUCCGCCUUUGGGUUGGGUACAGGUGCCUUUGCAUCUUUUGGCUCGGCAAACAAGACCCCAAAGACUCCUGGCACUGCGUUUGAAUGGGGUAGCAAGUCGUCAUCUACUGCGAGCGUACCCUCGGCAGCAAGCAAGGAGAAUGCGAAGGAGCGACCGCCGAACCGGGCAGCAUCGACGCUGAAGACGCCGACUGUAUCAAAAGCGGAGGCAAAGGAGGAGACCGGCGCGCUGCAGAGGGCGUCGUUGGCAGACCCGCCAAAACAGUACCCCUUGCGAUACAGCUGGAUCAUCUACUAUCGGCCCCCAACCUCGAAGAACAUGGACUAUGAGGAGUCGAUCAAACCCAUGUGCCGCAUAGAGACUAUACCUAACUUUUGGGCCGUGUACGUGCACUGCAAGCGACCGUCAAUGCUGCCGCAUGUUUCGGACUAUCAUUUCUUUCGUGAAGGCAUACGACCUGUCUGGGAGGACGAGGCGAACAAGAAGGGUGGCAAGUGGAUAUUGAGACUUAAGAAAGGGGUGGCGGAUCGAUAUUGGGAGGAUCUGUUACUGGCUAUGGUGGGCGAUCAGUUCAUGGAGGCUAGCGACGAGGUGUGCGGUGCUGUCGUCAGUGUCCGUGCUCAGGAGGACGUUGUGAGCGUAUGGACAAAGAACGACGGCGGCAGGAACGUCAAGAUCAGGGAUACCAUCAAGCAUGUCUUGCACCUGCCACCAGAUACCGUCAUCGUGUGGAAAAGUCACGACGACAGCAUCUCUCAGCGCAGUGCAAUUGACCAGGCACGUGAGAAACCACGGCGUGUCACAGUUACUAGCGACGACGGCCACACAGCUAGGGAUAAGUCGAGCGCCUAGGCAGCGUACUUUUCAGCCCCCAUUUCAUUUUUUUGCAUUGCGAAGGUUUUGUCCUUUGAGCGUGCUUAGCGUGGACUUCCUGUACCAGUCUUUGCGAUUUCUCCUUCUCACGUUUUGUGCCGUGAAUCCUGUCCUUAUUGCUCUGAGGCAGCCUUCACGACUCGAAAAAACAAAUGAUCACUUUUCCGGCAUUUGGGUGGGUUUAUCCAGCAUCAUUAGGUCCUGAGCCAGAAAAACAUGGAAGGAUAUGAUGGAAUAGGUAUAGGUCAACGCUUGCUUUCUUGUGUCUGCAAAUGCGUAGAGAAAGAGAGAGAUCACCAGGACAUCCUUUUGGAUCAUCGCCAUCGGCUUCUCUGUCUGCGCUGCCUGGAGUCUGGGGGGGGAUUGUGGCUGUCUGAAAAAGGUCAUGUACAAUUAUUGCUGCAGCGUGUGAUAUUGAGGAAACUGUUUUGGUCGUCUCUGAACGAGAAUAUCCGUGCACAACGGGUUUAUAAAUGAAAUUAAGGCUAGAUGCGAGA